AAUGCAAAACCUUAAUAUCUCUUACAAUUUAAUUUACCCUUUUUUUUUUUUUUUUUUUUAAUUCAAAAGAUAAAUUUUCUCAAACGUUUCUUUCUUUCUUUAACAAUUUAUUCUUUCUUUUCCUUAAAAAAAUAAUCACAUAGAAAAAUGACUCUCACCAAAGCUGUCCAUGUUAGCAACCAUCCUAUUGUUGCUUACAAGUUAUCUCAAUUAAGAGAAAAGAACCAGAAACCCAAGGUGGUUAGAGAAUUAACUCACGAUCUUUCUCUUUUACUGGGUUAUGAAGCUUCUAGUGAUAUCACAUUAGUCAAGGGACAACAGGCUACAAGUCAAUAUGGUAACUAUCAAAGCUCCGAGAUAAGAGAAAGAGUAGGUUUGGUUCCUGUUCUCAGAUCAGGCUUAGGCUUUGUUGAUGGAUUCUUGAAUUUAUUCCCGGAUGCACCUGUUUUACACUUGGGUAUUUAUCGUGAAAAGGUCUCUCAUCAGCCUGUUGAAUAUUACAACAAGUUACCUGAUGUGCCUAACGUGGAUGUUUGUUACGUGUUGGAUCCUGUUAUUGCAACUGGUAAUACAGCAGUAGCAACCAUUAAUAUGCUCAAGGAGUGGGGAGUGACUGGCUCUCAAAUUAAGUUUGUAGCUAUCGUUGGGUCUAAUCAAGGUCUUGAACAGCUUCAAGCCGAGCAUCCCGAUAUCAACAUUUAUGUUGCAGCUAUCGACGAAACACUUGACACGAAUGGAUACAUUAACCCUGGCAUUGGAGACUCCGGUGACAGACUCUGGAACACUGUUUAAUUUUACCAUUGCCGGUCGCAUUUUUUUUUAUAAAAAAAUAAAAUACACACACAAUAUUAUUUUUUUCGCACGCACACAAUCUUUUUCUUUUUUUUUUUUUUCACUGAUAAUGUCUUGUUUAUCUAUCUAUCAUAAUCCCCGUUGCUCAAAGUCGCGUACUGCGCUUGCUUAUCUUGAGCAAAACCAGUCAAAAUACAAUUAUACUAUUGAUGUU